AUGACCACGACCGCCCUAUCAUCCCACAGCCCGCUCGGUGGCGGAUCCCUCCACCAGCAACACCUCACCAACAACAAUAACAAUAGUGAUAACAACAACGGUGAUCAUUUAUCUCAGGUGACCAAGUCGAACGCGUCAAUUGCCGCCGCAGCAGCGGCCGCCAUGUACAUAGAUCCCGCUCGCUAUCAGCAGCACCAUACGCAUUUGAACGCGCACUUGAAUCCCCAUCUCAACCCCCAUCUGAAUUCACACCACCUGAACCCCCAUCACCCGCAUUUGCAUCACACAAGCGAUCAACAACAUCAAUCGCACCCGCAUCCGCCACCUACGCAACAUCUAAAUCUCAAUCCCCAUGUUGUCCAUCAUCAUCACCAGCAGCAACAGCAACAGCAGCAGCUUCACGCCCGAAGACUGUUCCACGAGUGGACCCUGCAAUUCGGCGCCACCGGACCCUCCAGCGUGCGUCACUUCAACAGUUUUAGUGGUGAAUAA